CCUCGAUCACUCGGGAAACAGGAGCCUAUCCGCAGAGAUUACGAGGAAUAAUCCUUCGACGCCUCCACGAGCAAGAUGAACUCCGUCGUGUUCGCCUUCGGUCUGACGUGCCUAGCCCUGGCUAUUGCCGUCCCAACAGUAAGCAAGGACAACCGCCGUGCCAAGCGGGCAGCGUACGAGCUCCCGGCCGACGCAGAGCUCAUCGUGGGCAGCUACCAGACAACGUUCAGCUGCGACGGCCUGAGGUACGGCUACUACGCUGACACGGACAACGAGUGCAAGAUCUUCCACAUCUGCCACGAACAGGUGCUCGCCGACGGAACUAAGCAGCAAAACCACUGGAGCUUCUUCUGUGGCAACCAGACGGUGUUCAACCAGCUCACGCUCACGUGUGCCUUUCCGGAGGAGGCCGUGCCCUGCAGCAACGCCAGGGACUUCUACUACGUGAACGACAACAUCGGCGUCGAAGACGCGCCUUUCCUCACCGACGACGACGUCGCCCGUGGCCAGGCCCUCUAUUCCGGCUACGGAGCGCGUCUCAGCGGUCGUGCGGCCGCCGCCAGCAAGAAGUAA